AUUGCAUGUAGUGAGUGACGUCAUUUUGCUUCGCCGAGAAAGAAAACGAAAAAUUAAAUUAAAUAUUUUGUUUCACUAUAAAACAAUAGUCGAAACUAGUCAUGGCUGAUCCGAAAUAUGAGAAUCUUCCCGGAAUUGCAUACGACCAGCCCGAUGUGUAUGAGACCGCCGACCUGCCCGAGGCCGACCAGCCGGAGCCCUAUGAAGAAGAAGAGAAUGAAUGCAUUGAACAACUGCAUUUAUCAGUCAAGGACUCUUUUAACAAGUUCAAAGGAAAAUUCUUAACUGGAACCGUGGAUUUCUCAGACAGAUUGAGCAGAAAGACUAGAAUUGGGUAUAGAGCUGGGGAGUGGGAGUUGGCAGCUGAGGGUGAGCCGGAGAGCGUGCUGGAGCGAUACAACCGUCUCCGCUGUGAGUUCUCUGAACUACUGGAGCAGGUCACUGAGCAGCAGAACAAAGCCACUGAGAGUGAAAAGGACGAAUUCUCGAAACUAGCGUCCCAGAUAAAUACAACUAAAAAGUUGCUUGAAGAAUUGAAGUUGGAAGAAGGGGAACAAAUCGAUCCUAAGGCUGAAAAACUAAAAGAAUAUUUAGCAAGUGGCAAGAAAAAGCAAGGUGAAGUGGUGACAGCACAUUUGAAGUUGAAACCUGACGUGAAUCUAGCACAAACUACCAGGAUAGCACAAUUAGAACACAGGUUACAUAAAUUAGAACAAGCAGCCGGCGUGAGAGACGAGGAAGCCUUCAGGAGAUUACAAACCGUUACUGGCAAAGCGACGCUAUGCGGCGCGGCGGCGUCGCUGGCGGCGGCGGCGGCGCUGCUGCGGCCGGCCGAGCUGGCCGCGGCCGAGGCGCGCGCGCAGCAGCUGCUGGCCAGCGUCGACGCGCUCAAGCACGCCGGCAAGCCCGACCCCGAACUCAACGAGAAGGUGAACGAGCUACACAAACUUUUGAAGCAGAUAGAGGGCAUAUCACAUUCCGAGAUUCUAGAACGCAUGGAGGCGUUAGAAGCGUUGCAUAAUCAAGCGAGCAACUUUGGCAAGUCACUAACUGAGUUAGAGACGCUUCAGAGUACCAUCGCAAGUGGAGUCCAGAACAACAAGGAGCUGCUGCAAGGAGUCCAAGAGGUGUUUGCACACAACAUCGACAGUCUACAGAAAGAGAUAAAGAAACUCGAUGAAAGAAUCGGCAAGUUGUCUACUGCGUGAUAGCAUUACCAUUAGUUUUGGAACCAUCUGAGCAUAGCUUGUAUAUUAUUUGGAAGACGUUACGGCGAUCACAGGACGUUUUCCAUUUUUAAAUCUAAUGUUCCAAUAGCGAAAUCUGUUACAUCGAACAAGACCAUAGACUAAAGAUAUAUUUAGACAAUUCGCUUAGCUUAACAUCUUAGUCUAUGGUCUACUGUAUAAGAAAGAGAGCCACAGAUUAUAAAAUACUCUAAAAGUAUCAGAAAUAUAGAAGACUUUCAAUGACCAUGUUACACCAUAACAUAUUAAAAUCUCAAUAACAGGGUUUAUAGCCUAAUAGUCUUGCUGUUUUAUGAUCUAUGCGUUGUAUUUCCAGUUAAAUAAACUAACAGAACUGAGAUUUACACUACAACAUACAGCACCUAAGCAUACCACAAGAGGUCGCCACUGUUACGUGAGGUCUUCUCAUCCUAGGCAUGUCUUAAGACGGCAGUGGUGCUAAUUUCUGUAGACACCAUCUAAUUUUAUGUUACACCUGUCAUUUUCUUUUCUACCGAUAAGGUAAGGGACGAGCAAUCAACAGGCGCACGUCUAUUUUAGGCAGAAAUCUGAAACAACCCUCUAAAAAAAUUACAUUGGCCAAUAACCCGACAGAAUUAAGUUGACAGGACACGUCAAAUGGGUUGUAUACAAGCGAGAUCCCUAUUUGAUUUGACCGUGUUAUAAAUUCGCUCAUUCAUUGUAUAAUUAACAGCUAUCAAUCAUCAAAAUAAAAUUAGGUGUCUGCAGGAAUCGGGGCCAUUGAAAUUACUAAAGUCAAGGUUGUAUGGUCCUCAGGUCUUUGCCUGCCUUAUAUAAGUCGAAUUUAAACAACAAAUACAAUUUUGAAAACACAACAAUUUCGUUCAAAAAUCGAACGGUGCUUGUAUAAAUGUUACCUGCAGUGGCAUUAUACAUUACAAUGAAGGAAUCAUUUAACCUAUUUUCUCAUUCAAUAAAUAGCUUUUGUAUCGUCGAAUUUAUUUGUCUGCAUUUGUAAUUAUAAGUAAUUUAAUUAUGCCAUGAGACAUGUUAAUAUUUAAUGUUUCCAUUAUGUGCAUUGCAGCUCAUAGUUGUUAAAUAACUUCUGUAUAAUUAUAAUUUAAAGCUUAUAUCAGAUUAGACUGCAUAAGAGUAAAUAAUUUAUUAAAUAUUAAUAAAAAAGGAUAAUUAUAUAAUAAA